AUGUUCCGUCGUCGAGGUUGUUACGUCGAUAUUCUAGUGGGUCACCUGGCCGAAAACUGCUCCUUUACCGAGCGUCGAUGCUUUAACUGUCUCGAACCUGGUCACGAGUCCUCUGCCUGUGAGGCUCCCCGAACGACCGAGACUAAACAAUGCUACGGCUGUGGUGGAAAGGGCCACAUCAAGGCUGAUUGCCCCGCCCUUGCUGCCAACGGUGGUGCUGGUGCCGCUGUUGGAAAAGCUUGCUACACUUGUGGUAAGCCCGGUCACAUGGCCAGGGAUUGCGGUAAGCCUGCUGCUGCCCGCGGUGGUCCUGCUGGCGGUGUUCGUUGCAGAAGGUGCAACGGUCCUAACCACUUGGCUAAGGACUGUCUCGCCCCAGCCCCUGCUUCUGCUGGUGGUGCUGCUGCCAGUGGAGGUGCUAAGGCUUGCUACGGUUGCGGUGGUAAGGGACACCUCAAGGCUGAUUGCCCUACCUUGAACGCCAACGCUGGUCCUAAGACUUGUUACUCUUGCCAGCAGGUCGGACACAUCGCUCGUGACUGCUCUCAAGCUCAGGUAGAGCCAGGUACCAUGGCUGAAGCUCCUGGUACUAACGCUACUGCUGCUCUGACUGCCUAA